AUGACGACGGUGCAGGAAUUCCCGGAAGAGCCCGUGCCGCUGAUCACGUUCAGUGAUACCGAAAACCAACUCAAGGUGAACGAAGAAGCUGUGGAGAUGCUGCGACGCAUCGAUGGCCACGUCGCGGUCGUGGCCAUGGCGGGACUGUACCGCACGGGCAAGAGCUCGAUGCUCAAUUGGCUGCUGGACAGACAGAGCGGCUUUCGUGUGGGCCCCACUAUCGAGCGCUGCACACGCGGCAUUUGGAUCUGGGGCCAGCCGCAGAGGCACCAAACGGCCAAUGGAGACGACGUGUGGGUGCUCGUGCUUGACACCGAGGGCAUGGGCGGGCUCGAGGCCUCGCAGCAGUACGACGCGCGCAUUUUCUCGCUGGCCACGCUCUUGUGCUCGAAGCUCAUUUACAACAGUCAAGGGAGUGUGGACGAGAAGGCUAUUGGUGGUCUGAGUUUCAUCGCCAAUUUGGCGAAGCACAUUAAAGUCAGUGCCUCGUCGACAGGAGAGAGCGACGAGGAAGAAGACGUGAGGCAACUGCACAGCUUCUUCCCGUCUUUUCUAUGGGUCGUGAGGGACUUUACACUCGAGCUCGUGGAUGAAGACGGUGAUCCCAUCUCUAGUAGUGACUACUUGGAGCGAGCACUUGCGGACCAGCCACGGACGUCGGCCAACAUUGAGCGCAACCGGACCCGUGCAAUGAUGAAGGACUUUUUCCGUGAACGCGACUGCGUCACGCUCGUGCGUCCUGUGUACGACGAAACCAAGCUGCAGCAGGUGGAUGAGCUUCCGAUCGAAGAUUUGCGGCCGGAGUUCCAGCAGCAGCUUGGUGUCGUCAAGCAAAUCGUAUAUGGCGAUAGCCUACAGCCCAAGAAGCUGCACGGCAAACCUCUGAAUGGCAGUAUGUUUGCCGGGUUGCUGCAAGCCUAUGUGGCUGCGAUGAACAGUGGCGGUGUACCGGUGAUCACGUCUGCUUGGGAGGGUGUGACUGCAACUGAGUGCCGGAAAGCGAUGACGAGCGCCGCUGAAGUAUUCAAAGAGAGUCUACGUGCUUUGGAUCUGCCUCUUGACGUCGACGACCUCACUUUGGCGAUGAAAAAUGCCGAGGAGCAAGCUGUGGCGCAAUUCCGUGCUGCUGCCAUUGGCGACACUGCCGCGAAGUUGGAGGCCGACCUCCGCAAGCGCAUGGAAGUCGACAAGGCUGCGUGUGCUCAGGACAACUUGAAUCAGAGCAAAGAGAUGUGUGAACGCUUGCUCCAGGUGCUUUACGCCGAACACAUUCAGCCUAAGCUGGCCCCUUCGGGCGAUGACGACCUGGACGGGUUUGCAGACAUGCAGCAGUUCUCGCGCGUCUGGCAGGUAUUUCGCGAUGCUUAUCUUCAAAAAGCUCGUGGUGGUGCCAAACUCGAGUGCCUCUUGACUUUCUCGGAGGCCAAGUAUGCUGAGGCCAUGCGAAUUCUGCUGAGCCGACAGGAAGAAGGCUAUGAAAAUAAAGUAAGGAUGCUGCAGGGGGAUGUAUCAAAGGUGAAGGAGGAACUUGGCAGCGUCGGUGGUCGAGAGCAGAUUUACAAGGAGCAGAUCGAGCAGAUGCAGGUGCAAUCGUCACAGAUCAUGUCGGAGAAGGCGCGUUUCGAAGCGGAGUCCCAGGCUCAACGUGAACGUAUUGCUGAUCUAGAGAGCAUGCUGCACGACGAAGCUACCACGAAGAAGGCGGAGACCAAGCAUGAAUCAGCUGGUCCGAAGCACGCAAAUAACACGAAGAAGCAUGAGGAAUCUGACAACGAGCUGGAGCGCAUAAAGUCCGAGUACGAACGUGUGGUGCAUGAGAAGGAGCGUCAGGAAAUGGAGCUCAACCUGCUGAGCGAAGAGUGUCAACAGCUACGUCAAGGCCAGACUUGCGGCUGCACGAUCUCCUGA